UGGAGCCUUCCAGAAGUAGCCGGCAGACUCGUGCGGCUCUCAGCUCAACCUCUCUCCAGAUUUUCACCAAAAUACUCAACAUUUUACCAGUUAAACUCUUGUUAGGUGUCACAGUCCAUCGGUCAACAUGUCCUCUAUGGGGACACUAGCUUUCGAUGAGUAUGGGAGGCCUUUUAUCAUCAUUAAAGACCAAGAUAAGAAGACUCGGCUAACGGGAUCUGACGCAUUGAAGUCUCACAUUAUGGCAGCCAAGGCAGUUGCGUCUACGCUUAAGACAUCCUUGGGACCAAAUGGUCUUGACAAGAUGAUGGUUGACAAGGAUGGAGAAGUCACUGUCACCAAUGAUGGAGCAACUAUUCUCAGCAUGAUGGAUGUGGACCACCAGAUUGCUAAACUUAUGGUGGAACUGUCAAAGUCCCAGGAUGAUGAGAUUGGUGAUGGAACCACUGGAGUUGUUGUGCUGGCUGGAGCUCUCCUGGAGCAGGCAGAGCAAUUGCUGGACCGUGGGAUCCACCCCAUCAGGAUCUCUGACGGUUAUGACCUGGCUGCACGCAUCGCCAUUGAUCAGCUGGACAAAAUGGCAGAAACCUUCCCCUUUGAUCCCAACAACACAGAACCACUCGUUCAGACGGCCAUGACAACAUUGGGAUCCAAAGUUAUUAACCGGUGCCACAGACAGAUGGCAGAAAUUGCAGUAAAUGCCAUCCUCACUGUUGCUGACAUGGAAAGAAAAGAUGUUGACUUUGAGCUUAUCAAGAUGGAGGGCAAGGUGGGAGGCAAGCUGGAGGACACACAGCUCAUCAAGGGAGUCAUAGUGGACAAGGAGUUCAGCCACCCUCAGAUGCCCAAGGUUCUGAAAGAUGUUAAAAUUGCUAUCCUCACCUGCCCGUUUGAGCCCCCUAAGCCAAAAACCAAGCAUAAGUUGGAUGUGACCUCUGUGGAGGACUAUAAAGCACUCCAGAAAUAUGAAAAGGGGAAGUUUGAGGAGAUGAUCCAGCAGGUCAAAAGUAAUGGGGCCAAUUUGGCCAUCUGUCAGUGGGGCUUUGAUGAUGAAGCCAACCACCUUCUGCUGCAGAAUGAGCUCCCGGCCGUGCGCUGGGUUGGAGGGCCUGAGAUUGAGUUGAUUGCCAUCGCCACAGGAGGGCGCAUCGUGCCAAGGUUCAGUGAGCUGACGCCAGAAAAACUUGGCGUAGCUGGUGUGGUGAAAGAGAUCUCCUUUGGUACUACAAAGGAUCGCAUGCUGGUUAUCCAGGAAUGCAAGAACACCAGGGCAGUAACUAUUUUCAUCCGUGGAGGCAACAAAAUGAUCAUUGAAGAGGCCAAGCGUGCUCUCCAUGAUGCUCUGUGUGUAAUUCGCAACCUGGUCAGAGAUAAUCGCAUUGUGUACGGAGGAGGAGCUUCAGAGAUUUCAUGUUCACUCUCUGUCAACCAGGCUGCAGACAAGUGUCCAUCAUUGGAGCAGUACGCUAUGAGGGCAUUUGCUGACGCUCUCGAGGUAAUCCCAAUGGCGUUGGCUGAAAACAGUGGGCUAAACCCCAUCCAGACCAUGACAGAGAUCAGAGCCAGACAGGUCAAAGAGAACAACCCCUUCCUAGGCAUCGACUGUCUGCACAAUAACACCAAUGACAUGAAGCAGCAACAUGUGAUUGAGACCCUGAUUGGCAAGAAGCAGCAGAUCUCACUGGCUACUCAGGUAGUCAAGAUGAUUCUUAAAAUUGACGACAUCCGAAGCCAGGGAGAGAGUGAGGACUAGAGUACGUCAUAAGGCUCGGCUGUGCUCUGGGACGCUCGAGGUUUUAGGCACUUCCCCCGGAGCACCACGUCCAUACCGCACUGCGUAUUGCUAUUUAUCGUAUCAAAGUCACCAUUAAAAUGUUGGGUCUGUUCAAAUA